AUGGGCAACGAACCUUCCACUUUGGUGGACGAAAAAACGCCUCCAUCCGUAUUGGAGAAGCGCACUGUGGACGCCCUGGCCCAGUAUGUCCACGAGAAGCGCGUGCGAAAGAUUGUGGUUAUGGUUGGGGCAGGAAUCAGUACAUCAGCUGGGAUCCCCGACUUUCGCUCCCCGGAUACUGGCAUCUACGCAAAUCUUGCGUUCUUAGAUCUACCCGACCCCGAGGCUGUCUUUGAUAUCAGUUUCUUUCGAAAAAACCCCAAGCCUUUCUAUGCUUUGGCGCGCGAGUUGGCACCGGGUCGGUAUCGGCCUACGAUCGCGCAUUCAUUUAUCAAAUUGCUCUACAACAAAGGCUUGCUGCUGAAACACUUUACGCAAAACAUUGAUUGUCUCGAGCGGCAGGCGGGAGUGCCGGGCGAGAUGCUAGUCGAAGCGCAUGGGAGUUUUGCGAACCAGCAUUGCAUUGAGUGCAAGGCAGCAUAUCCCGAACAGGAAAUGAAAGAGCAUGUGGAAAAGGGUGAGGUGCCGACGUGCAAGGAAUGCAAGGGCCUGGUGAAGCCGGAUAUUGUGUUUUUCGGGGAAGCUCUCCCGGAAGAUUUCUUUUUAAACCAUGAGCUUCCUGGCGAGGCGGAUUUGUGCAUUGUCAUGGGGACUAGUCUCCAGGUGCAGCCAUUUGCUAGUUUACCGGGGUUUGUCUCGGACGGUGUUCCCCGUGUGUUGAUUAACCUGGAGCGCGUAGGCGGGAUGGGUUCUCGUCCGGACGAUGUACUAAUUCUUGGGGAUUGUGAUGCCGGAGUGCGGAAAUUGGCCGCUGCACUUGGAUGGUUGGAAGACCUUGAAGCGUUGUGGGAGGAGACGAAUCCGGAUAAGGAUGCUCGGGAUGCCGAGAUGGCGCCGUUGCAGACCAAGGACGAGCGACUUCACGACGAAGUCGAGCGGUUGACCAGUGAAGUGGACCGGACACUGGGGCUAUCGGGUGCCUACGAACAGAAAGUGCGAGGGCAUUUGGACGGUCAGCGGGCAAAAGAGGAGGCUAAGCAGGCAUCCGGGGCACAAUCGGCCGAUGAGGGAGAGGCCGAGGGGUCGGGAUUGGGACAUGUAUUUCCGCAUUUGGCGAAGAAGAAGCCAUCACUGUGA